UCUCUCUGUUUCUCUCUCCAAAGGACACCAGAAGGCCAACAACAAAAAGGCCAAAAAGAAAAGAGGAAAUGCAGGUCCCAAAACACACUCUCGCUCUCUGCUCCACUCUCUCUCUUCCUCAGAAAGCCAAACCAAACAAUGUAUGAACUUUGAAAGAACAAAACAAAAAAAUCCAGAUAUCCACAACCCCAUUUCGCCAAAACCAUUUGGGUUUUCGCCAAAAUGCAUUCCCAGAGCCAAAGGCUUUCCCUUUUCCUUUUCUCUUUGCUGGUUUUGCUUCCCAUUGCAAAACCAGAUCUGGGUUCUGACCGAGCUGCUCUUCUAGCUCUGCGCUCAGCCGUGGGUGGCCGAACCCUGCUCUGGAAUGUGAACCAGCUUACCCCAUGUUCAUGGGCUGGUGUCAAAUGCGAGAACAAUCGUGUCACUGUGCUUCGACUUCCUGGUGUGGCUCUCUCUGGCACCAUACCCAGUGGCAUUUUCGGCAAUCUGACCAGUCUGCGCACACUCAGUCUUCGUCUCAAUGCUUUAACUGGUCAUCUCCCCUCAGAUCUCUCUGCUUGCGUUACUCUUCGUAACCUUUACUUGCAGGGCAACUUGUUCUCCGGCGAAAUCCCGCAGUUCCUCUACAGUCUGCACGACUUGGUUCGGCUUAACUUGGCGUCCAACAAUUUCUCAGGGGAGAUCUCUCUGGGUUUCAACAAUCUCACCCGCAUAAGGACUUUGUACCUCCAAAACAACAAGCUUUCUGGGGUUAUUCCAGAGCUGAACCUUCCCAAUCUCGAACAGUUCAAUGUAUCAAAUAAUUUGCUAAACGGGUCUGUUCCAAAAAAAUUACAGUCUUACUCUUCCAGCUCGUUUCUGGGUAAUUUGCUAUGUGGGCGUCCCCUUGAUAGUGCUUGUCCUGGAGAGAGCGGAGCUGCUCCAAAUGGGGAUAUAAAUAUCAAUGAUGACCACAAGAAGAAAAGCAAGCUGUCUGGUGGUGCUAUUGCUGGUAUUGUCAUUGGAUCUGUACUGGGUUUUCUUCUAAUUGUUAUGAUUUUAAUCCUUUUGUGCCGAAAGAAAAGUAGCAAAAAGACGAGCUCGGUCGACAUUGCUACGGUGAAGCAUCCAGAAGUCGAGAUUCCAGGCGAUAAAUUGCCAGCGGAUGCUGAAAAUGGGGGAUACGGUAAUGGGUAUUCAGUUGCAGCGGCCGCCGCCGCGGCGAUGGUGGGCAAUGGGAAAAGUGAAGCCAAUAGUGCCGGCGGUGCUGCCGGUGCCAAAAAGUUGGUGUUUUUUGGUAAUGCGGCGAGGGUGUUCGAUCUGGAGGACUUGUUGAGAGCUUCAGCGGAAGUUUUGGGGAAAGGGACUUUUGGGACUGCUUACAAGGCAGUUCUGGAAGUUGGGACUGUGGUGGCUGUGAAGAGGCUUAAGGAUGUGACAAUUUCUGAGAGUGAGUUUAAAGAAAAGAUUGAAGCUGUGGGAGUGAAGGAUCAUGAGAAUUUGGUCCCUCUAAGGGCUUAUUACUUUAGCAGAGAUGAGAAGCUUCUUGUCUAUGAUUACAUGCCUAUGGGAAGCUUAUCUGCGCUUCUGCAUGGAAACAAAGGAGCAGGAAGGACUCCAUUAAAUUGGGAAAUCCGGUCUGGCAUUGCCCUGGGAGCUGCCCGUGGAAUUGAAUACCUACACUCUCAAGGACAAACUGUCUCCCACGGAAACAUAAAGUCGUCCAACAUCCUGCUCACAAAAUCCUAUGAAGCUCGGGUUUCUGAUUUUGGCCUAGCGCACCUUGUUGGGCCCUCCUCCACUCCCAACCGUGUUGCUGGCUAUCGGGCACCAGAGGUGACAGAUCCUCGCAAGGUGUCCCAAAAGGCCGAUGUUUAUAGCUUUGGGGUAUUGCUCCUGGAGCUACUCACUGGGAAGCCCCCAACCCAUGCCCUGCUGAAUGAGGAAGGAGUUGACCUCCCAAGGUGGGUGCAGUCCAUAGUUAAAGAGGAGUGGACUUCGGAGGUUUUCGAUCUUGAGCUCCUCAGGUACCAGAAUGUUGAGGAGGAGAUGGUUCAGCUCUUGCAACUUGCAAUAGAUUGUUCAGCCCAGUAUCCUGAUAAACGCCCUUCAAUAUCCGAAGUGACCAGGCGCAUUGAGGAGCUACGUCGUUCUAGCUUGCGAGAGGAUCAUGAGCAGCAGCAUCCUGAUGUUGUCCAUGAUUUAGAGAAUGUGUCUUCUCGAUGAGCUGGUCUGGGGACCAUCUUCUUCUUCCCUCGUGGAUUUGUAGGACAAUCCUUGCUUUCGCGUGUUAAAUCUGGUGUUGUUGUUGUAUGUUAUUAAAUCUGUCUCAUCUCACUUUCCUUAGGAGCCAACUGUUAUUUUUUUCUCUUUUCUUUUCACCCUUUUGUUCGCCCCAUUGCACUUAGUUUUUUCCCUUUUUCUUUCAUUAAUACACUUUGGGGUGGAUAUCUGUUCCAUUUGUUGUUGGUGGAUGAUGGUUGCUGUAAUUAUUACUUCACCUUUUGCCUUUGCCUUUAUCACAACUGUUGAGCUAUUGAGCUUUCGAUUGAAAUUAAGAUGUUUUAGUUGCUUCA